GAUGACGCUAGGGAGGCAGGCUUUAAUCCGCACACUGUACGUGAGGUGCAAGCGAACUGAUGGGUGACUUCAUGUGAGAGGAGAACAGCCGCGGAGCCUGCUGGGUGUGAGAGAUAGCCUGUUGGCCACAGAAGAUGAUCGAUCCUGCAGCUGGAGGAGUGGGAGGGUCGCUGUGCACAGCCUCUCGUGUUUGAGAGCGCAGAGGAGAGAGAAGAUGCCUAGUAUCUCUCCAGAUGACUUUGAGUAGACGUCGGACGAGGCUGCUGUACUGAAACUUAAAGCGGACAUCUCGUCCACUUCGCUCAGCUGAUUCUUUCAUCAGGAGUGAGACCCGGGACAUAGCCGUACACCGACCGGAGAGGAGAGAACCGGAUCUGUAGUUACCGCUCCGACUUUCGCCUGACAGCCGACCACCUGAUAAGUAACGGUCAUCUACUCCUAUUUCAAGAACGAUGUGAAGUUCGACCAAAGGCAGACCAAAAGCACGGCGUGGUGAACAUUCCCGCCGGGUUCUUCUCACUCACCCGCCGACGCAACAUCCCCGUCCGUUUUCCCCGGAGCUCGCCCAGUCACCGGAGCCCCAUGGGGAUGGGUACGUGCCUGGAUGCGGGAAGGACAUACUAUGACCUCGCCACCGGUCACAGGCUUCCCAAGGUCAUGUCGCUGUGGCAGCUGACACUCUGCUUCCUGUCGCUCGUCUCGGCGAACCCGGAGCCCACCGUGGCGGGGGCUCCGGCCCUGAGCGUCUUUCAGUCGGAGAGGAAGGAGUGGGCCCUGAACCACCUGACGGUGCACCAGAGCACGGGCGCGCUGUACGUCGGCGCGGUCAACCGCAUCUACAAGCUGUCGGCCAACCUCACCCUGCUGGUGUCCCACGACACGGGGCCGGAGUACGACAACAAGGCCUGCUACCCGCCGCUCAUCGUGCAGCCCUGCUCGGAGCCGCUGGCCUCCACCGACAACGUCAACAAGCUCCUGCUGGUGGACUACUCCCACAACCGGCUGCUGGCCUGCGGCAGCCUCUACCAGGGCGUGUGCAAGCUGAUGCGGCUGGGCGACCUCUUCAUCCUGGUGGAGCCCACGCACAAGAAGGAGCACUACCUGUCCAGCGACAACCACACGGGCACCAUGUACGGCGUGGUGGUGCCGUCGCCGGGCCAGGACGCCACGCUGUACGUGGGCACGGCCGUGGGCGGCAAGCAGGACUACUUCCCCACCGUGUCCAGCCGCAAGCUGCCGCGCGACCCCGAGUCGUCGGCCAUGCUGGACUACGAGCUGCACACCGACUUCGUGUCAUCGCUCAUCAAGAUCCCGUCGGACACGCUGGCGCUGGUGCCGCGCUUCGACAUCUACUACGUGUACGGCUUCUCCAGCGGGCCCUUCGUGUACUUCCUGACCGUGCAGCCCGAGACGCCGCCCGAGAGCGGCACGCCGGCGGGCGGCUCCCCCGGCGACCUCUUCUACACCACGCGCAUCGUGCGCCUCUGCAAGGGCGACAAGAAGUUCCACUCGUACGUGUCCCUGCCGCUGGGCUGCGUGCGCCGCGGCGAGGAGUACCGCCUGCUGCAGGCGGCCCACCUGGGCAAGGCGGGCCGCGCGCUGGCCCGCGCGCUGAACGUCAGCGCCCAGGAGGACGUGCUCUUCGCCGUGUUCGCCAAGGGCCAGAAGCAGUACCACCAGCCGCCCGACCACUCGGCGCUGUGCGUGUUCACCCUGCGGGAGAUCAACGCCCGCAUCAAGGAGCGCCUGCAGUCCUGCUACCAGGGCGAGGGACACCUGGAGCUGCACUGGUUGCUGGGGAAGGACGUGCAGUGCACCAAGGCGCCGGUUCCCAUCGAUGACCACUUCUGCGGCCUGGACAUCAACCAGCCCCUGGGCGGCUCCCAGCUGGUCUCCAGCCAGGCCCUGUACACCGAGUCCCGGGACAGGCUCACCUCCGUCACCUCCUACGUCUACAACGGCCACAGCGUGGUGUUCCUGGGCACCCGGAGCGGCAUGCUGAAGAAGGUGAGAGUGCACGGCUCUCCCCAGGCGGGGGUGGUGUACGAGACGCUGAGCGUGAUGAAGGACAGCAGCUCCAUCCUGAGGGACAUGGCCUUUUCCCUGGACCGCAGCUAUCUCUACGUCCUGUCUGAAACGCAGGUGGUCCAGGUACCGGUCGAGGCCUGUGACCAGUACUCCACCUGCUCCGAAUGCCUGAGCUCGGCGGACCCCCACUGUGGCUGGUGUGUCCUGCUCAACAUGUGUUCCAGGAGGGAUCGCUGUCCGCGAGCCGAUGAGGCGUUCCGGUUCGCCACCACCAUUGAGCGCUGCGUCCAGGUCAUCGCUCACCCGGACAGCAUCGCCGUGUCCAGUCACAGCGUGCCCCUGCUGCUUGAGGUGAAUAAUGUUCCGGAUCUUUCUGCGGGCAUCACCUGCUCCUUCGGCCAGCAGGCGCAGGCUGAGGGCCACGUCAACGGCAACCGGGUGAUGUGUCUCUCCCCCGACAGCAGAGAGGUCCCACGGAUCCCCGAGGGACAGGACUGGUCUGGGGUGGAACUGCGUCUCAACUCCAAGGAGACGGGUCAAAUGGUCGCCAGCACUGAGGUCAAGUUUUACAACUGCAGCGUCCAUCACACGUGUCUCUCCUGUGUGAACAGCACCUUCCACUGCCACUGGUGUAAAUAUCGCAACCUGUGCACCCACGACCCCAGCAGCUGCUCCUUCCUGGAGGGACGGGUCAACGCCUCAGAGGACUGUCCUCAGCUGCUGGACUCGGGUCAGAUCCUGAUCCCGGCGGGCGAGGUCCGGCCCAUCACUCUGCGGGCCCGGAACCUUCCCCAGCCGCAGUCGGGCCAGCGCGGCUACGAGUGCGUGGUGCAGGUGCAGGGCUCCAGCCAGAGAGUCACCGCGCUGCGCUUCAACAGCACCAGUGUGCAGUGCCAGAACAGCUCGUACAUAUACGAGGGUGGUAAGAUCAGCGACCUGGCGGUGGACCUUUCCAUCGUGUGGAACGGCAACUUCAUCAUCGACAACCCCGCCAAGAUCAAAGUGAACCUGUACAAGUGCAGUGCCCAGCGGGACAGCUGCGGCAUGUGUCUGCGCGCGGACAGGAAGUUCCAGUGCGGCUGGUGCAGUGGCGAGGGCCGGUGCACCAUGAAGCAGCACUGCCCACCGCUGUCCCCUUACGCCAGCCGCUGGAUGGACCAAUCCGCCCGCAACAUCAAGUGCACCAACCCGCGCAUCACAGAGGUGAGCCCCGUGGCUGGGCCAACGGAGGGCGGCACCAUGGUCACCAUCCAGGGCCUGAACCUGGGCCUGUCCUUCUCAGAGCUCCAGGGCAACGUGGAGGUGGCCGGGGUGGCGUGCACCCCCCAGGAGGAGGGAUACAUCACGGCCGAGCAGUAAGUCCCACCUCCCAAUGGAGUUAUGCAGGGAUGAUGCUGGAAUAUUACCGGAGUAAUGCUGGAAUAUUACAGGAACUCCCAUCUGGCGGAGGGGAUGUGUUUGAUGUGCAAACAUAGACAGAGACACA